CAAAAGCGAUCGUCAGUCGUCGGCGGAAGCUGAAACGCGCGGCUUCGGGGCCGCCGCAAACGCAAACGUACGGCGUAGUAGCCUACGGCGUGACAACGCCGACGCAGGUGUACACAUUUCGCGCGCGCCAAUUAUCGACGAGGACCCGGCGUUUCGAGCUCGCGAUAACGAGACCUCGGUCGCAUGACGGACAAUGCUCUGAGAACGUUGUUUUUUUUCUGCCGCGCAGUGCAUCGUAGAUAAAACCGGAGCACCGAAACCCACAACACGAAAAGAGAGAGAGAGAGAGAGGAGAAAUUGCAGUUGAAUGCUACGCAUCGAAACCGGCCUCGUGAAUGAACGCGAGAUAGACGUCUGAAUCGAAGCUGGCCGUCAUGGCCCCGUUUCUAUUGAUCCUGCUGGCGUCGCUGCGCUACCUGAUACAGCCGAUCGACGGUGCAAUGACAGAACGGGGCGGAUCGAAGGACGACCUAAUUGAUCCUAGCUCCAAGCCGAAAUUCAUCAAGGAUGUUUUUGUGCAAACCGGCACAAACGCGCUGCUGCCCUGCCCAUACUUCAACAGUCCUGGAAUAGUAACGUGGAUCAGGCGGAAAGACAGGCAACUGCUUACAGUGGGUAGGAGCACGCAUUCUAUAGACACGCGUUUCGUUGUCGAGUUAAGCCCUGGCUGGAAUCUAAUGAUUAAAAACGUCAAGCACGAUGAUGCGGGUCUUUACGAGUGUCAGAUUCAGACGGAACCAGUGCAGCAGCGAUUCGUGCGGCUGAACAUCACGGAGGCAUACGCGGUGAUACCGGGUGGGCCGGAUCUCCACGUGAAGCAGGGCUCCAGUCUGCGUUUGGAGUGCCAGCUGAUGGCAGCCACAGAAUCGCCCGUCUUCGUGUUCUGGUUUCGCGAGGCGCACAUGAUAAACUACGACUACGAGCCCGGCGUCAGAUUCGACCGUAAGGGAUUCGGCUCCGUGUUCAUUGUGGAGAAGGUGAAGCUCUCGCACGGCGGGAAUUACACGUGUUCACCGAGCAACGCCAGGCCGGCUCAUAUCGUGAUACAUGUCAUCGAGGAGGAGGAGAAACCGGCGGCCAUGCACGGAGGCGAUCGGCGAGAUUCCACGGCGGCUACGUCAAGCAACGCCAUACUAAUUCUCGCGGCUGUCCUGAUUAUCGCGGACGUAAGACGGUGCUUCCAGAUUCUCAUCAGCCACGCCACGUGACUAUCGCAAACCGAUGAUAGCUUUCGUAAAGCCGAGACACGUUCAGGAGGAAGUUCAAACACUUCGAAUUUCGUUUCUUGUCUCGACGGGUCAAAACGCCACUGCCGAAUUCACGUAUCGAAAAUCAUUGCCCUUAGUUCAUCUCACGUCUCGCGAGCCGAAAGUCCCCAGCCGAUGAAAUCCAAACGUUCGUGAAGAGGAGGAGGACGCGACGGGAGAUUCCGCGUGGGAUCAAAGAAAAACCUAUUUGCGAGUAAACUUAAAGCGAGAGAUUCAACUGCAGACAGUUUCCAUGAGAAAUCCGUAUCCCCAGUGGCGAAAUCUAAGGAGGACUGCAAAGUUUCACGUAAUCAUGUAACUUUCGUUUAAAGAAACGUCCCAUCCAAGUGACACUACUUGAUAGAAACUCCGCUUGAACUCGUAACGAGUGAAUAAUAUUCGUGGAAUGAGAUUUGGUCGUCUUUCGACGUGGACGAAUUUGUUCGCGAACUUCAAGAACCAAGAAGUUACUGCCUUGUGUCGUUGGUCAUCAUAAACUCUCGCGCAUUGAAACAGAAGUUUUUUUUUCCGCGAAAACUCAUCAUUUCCACUUAAAAUGUCUUCAGAGACUAAAUUUUAUUAACCACUUGAAGUGAGGAGUACUACUUAUUUCCUUGUUUCUUUAUAAAAUUAUCAAUCAUUUUUGCGUUUUGACCAUUUGGAAAUGCGUUUGAAUAAAAAUAGAGCGAAGAGCUAAUUUUUUUAAAUAUUAUCAGCAACAGUAAUGGAAUUAAUAAUAUGCAUAUGUUAAACCGUUCAUUGAAUUCCAACAAAAUUUGAAGCUUUUUCAGAGAUCUUCAUGUCUCUUAGAGUAUUACAUUUUCGUAAACGAAUUUAGGGAUGCAAUCUCUUCGUGAGACAGGUAACAUUUCAUCGUGAGAAUCAAGUAUUAUUUGCUCCUUAUAAGUUUGACAAGUUUCCAGCAGGUUAAUGCAAAUGGGAUAUUGAAUUCUGUAAACAAAAGUUGUGUUUGGCAACGUCGGUUCUACGUUAGCUUUCAUCAAUGUUGAUGAUAAUAAACUCUGAAUUUAGCAUUGUAAAUAUUAUGUAACGUAAGAUAACAAAGUUAUCUCACUUACAGACGCGUGCAUUUUUCACGCGUUUCAGACGACAUAAUUUUUCAAAAGAUUUCUCAUGCGAACAAAAUCACAUUCGAAAUUGUGUUCAUAAAUAAACUGUCAACCAUAGUUGAAAUCAAUUAGAGAUAGAGAAAAUUAUAUUUCUAUUCGCAUGCACACGCCCAAAGUUUUUUAUUAUGAUAUUGUUACGGUCGUGCGAUAUUUGUAAUGUGUCACCGUAUAGUUUAUGUAAUCG